AUGGAGCGGGGUUAUGGGAAUGUGCAGCGGGCGCUGCUGCAGCAGAUGAUGGUGAAGAGGUUCGUGGAAGAGCAUGAUCUCAUCGACUCUAUUAGAAGUCUCAUCAACAAGUUCCCCUCCGAGCAUGUUGAGCCGCCAAACGACGGGAUGAAUCUUAUGGAAUUCUUCAAUGACAUGAACAAGGAGAUUGGUCCGGAUGGUAUUAAUUUCGCUGAAAUCGUGAGAAUCAAGUCUGAGAACAACCCCAGCGUCUUCUGGGGGCUAAGGAGCGUCAAGAGUGUGAUCGAGGAUGAGCCAAAGGAGAACGAAAACCUUGAUGAGAGCCUGUACACUGAAGCCGAACUUGCACUCUUCAAGUUAAUCAUAGAAGAACUGGUAACAAACCCUAUGGAUAAAGGGUGCAUUGAUCAUAAUAAGGCGAUAAAUCUGGGGCUCAAGAUCAAACCCAAGAAGAUAGAUGCCAAAGAGUCAACAGAGUUGAUAGAUCGCCUUGUGCAGGAGCAUUGGCUGUCUAGAUUCCAAGACGAAGAUGGGAGAGGAGGAAGACAUACUGCGACAAGGAUCACGUUCGGCAUCAGAUCGUUGCUGGAUCUGAAGAACUAUGUCACCGCCACUUGGCCCGAGGAGGAUUCCAGGUGUUGCACGUGGGAAAACGAUUGGUAA